AUGACCAAUAUUUCUUCGUCUUCUCCCCAAAUAAAAUUAAAUGAUAAAGAAAAGCUAUUAUGCAAUUUAAUAAGAAAAUAUGUAGAUUAUUAUAAUUCUACCAAUACCACGGUUCAUAGCGAUAACGAUGAAACAGAAGAUCAACUAGUGGCUAGAAUUACCGGAGGUUGGGUCCGGGAUAAAUUGUUAAAUAAAGAUUCUCACGAUUUGGAUAUUGCGCUUAAUAAAAUGAGUGGCGAAUUGUUUGCAUCCAAUUUACAACAAUUUUAUAUUAAACAUCAUUUAGCUGGUUUACCCCCCGAUGCUUUAAAUAAUUCCACCAUCGCAAAAAUUAAGAAAAAUCCAGAAAAGUCAAAGCAUUUAGAAACUGCCACCACAACCAUUUUAGGGUUGGAUAUUGAUUUUGUUAAUCUAAGAAACGAGUCCUAUGGUGACGACAGUAGAAUCCCCGUUAUCACCUGUGGUACUCCAAGGGAAGAUGCAAUGAGACGAGAUGCAACACUAAAUGCUUUGUUUUAUAACAUUACUACUGAGAAAAUUGAAGAUUUUACCGGGAAAGGUUUGCAAGAUCUGAAAUUGGGGAUAUUGCGAACACCGCUACCUCCUCUGAAAACUUUUCUGGACGAUCCUUUGAGAAUCUUAAGAUUAAUUAGAUUCAGUAGCACCUACAGAAAUUUUAAGUUGGAUGAAGCCAUUAUUAAAUGUUUAAAAGAAAAUAAUGAUGCGUUAAAUCAAGCUUUGAUAAACAAGAUCUCAAAAGAGCGCAUUGGAAUCGAGUUAUCUAAGAUUUUUUCUACUGUAGAAUCUACUAAAAUUGGAUUAAAGUUGCUUUGUGAUAACCAUUUGAUCAAUUCAAUAUUUUAUCAUGGUUUGUCUCCAGAAGUAAUCCAAUUCAAUUCCACACAUACUAAUUUACUUAAAACGCUCCAUGAAAUAUACGAUGGUAACAAACUAUCUGACAAUAUCAUGGGAAAUAUUGUUAAUGAAACUUCAAAUUUCCAAUUUUUUUCCAAUGAACAGUUUUUUGCUGAAAAUAAAUCUUUGACACCAACUGAAUGCAAUGAAAUAUUAACAUUAUCUGUAAUACUCUCUAUUUUUUCCGAAAUUAAUAUUUAUCCAAAUCCCUUAAAAAAACCAACUUUUAAAAUUAAUUUAAGCGAUUGGAUUAUAAGGGAAAAUUUGAAGUAUAGCAAGAAAAUAUACACCACGGUGGAAGUAUUGGUUUCUAAUAUUGAAAUUUUUGAAAAAACCUUUGAGUUCCUAUAUAACGAUAAUGUAUCCGUUCCUAAAAGAAGUGAUAUUGGCUUGGAGCUAUUGAAAUAUAAAGAUUAUCUACCAUUGGCAAUUAAAUUAAAUGAAAUCUUGUAUAAAAAAGGUACUAAAAUUGGAGACUAUAUCGAGUCUUUGGAUUUAAUGGAUGUGUGUCAACUUAAGUUAUUGAUGAAUGGUAAAGAAAUUGCUAAAUUUAUCAAUAAGAAACCAGGUCCAUGGAUGAAAAAAAUUAAUGAUCAAGUUUUAAGAUGGCAAUUGGACAAUCCAAAAUUGGGGAAAGAUGAUUUACUUGUUUAUUUAAGAGAUUUGCCACAAUCAAUGUUUGAUUAA